CCGGAACAAUUAUCCUGUGGGACAUUGCUUCGAUCGUGACGUGGUUGGUGUGGCUAGAAAGAAACGAACUAGUCAUAAUACUGAUAACUUCCUACAGGUCGUUCACUAAGUUAUUAUGGAAUAAUUCAGUUGGUAUUUUAUUCUCAACAGUUAGCAAACCGUUUCGUGCAGUCUUCUCUGGCAUUGAGACCUCUAGGCUGCUGCGCUGGGACACGCCAGUCAUAACCCCGGGACUGUCUGCGUCAUCAUGAAGCUGUACAGCCUAAGCGUCCUCCACAAAGGAGCGACUAAAUCCAAUCUCCUCAAAUCCGCAUAUGACCUCUCCUCCUUCAGUUUCUUCCAGCGCUCCAGUGUCCAAGAGUUCAUGACCUUCACCAGCGCCUUGAUUGUUGAGCGUUCUGCACACGGCAGCCGAGCCUCAGUCAAAGAACAAGAGUACCUGUGUCAUGUGUAUGUGAGGAAUGACAGUCUGAGUGCAGUGGUGAUAGCAGACAGCGAGUACCCCCAAAGAGUCGCCUUCACACUACUAGACAAAGUGCUAGAGGAGUUCUCCAGGCAAGUGGAAAGUAUAGACUGGCCAUCUGGAAACCCAGACACCAUCAACUACAAAGCCCUGGACAUCCACCUGGCCAAAUACCAGAACCCCAGAGAGGCAGAUGCGAUGACCAAAGUGCAGGCUGAGCUAGACGAGACAAAAAUCAUUUUGCACAACACCAUGGAGUCUCUGUUGGAUAGAGGGGAGAAGCUGGAUGACCUGGUGCAGAAGUCUGAACACCUGGGGAACCAGUCUAAAGCCUUUUAUAAGACUGCACGGAAGCAGAACUCAUGCUGUGAGGUCAUGUGAUGUUGCUGGACUGUCCUCUUGGAUAUGUCUCUUGGCCUUUCUGCUCAUUCUACAACUUCCAUCGUGCCUCCAGGAGACAGAAUGGCCUCCACUCAGUCUCUGGGAGGGCGCAGGGGAGGGGGGACGUGGGAUCUCUGCAAUCUCUUUACAUGCUUACUGGGGAAGAGGAGAGGGGGUGGGGCUGCAGGACUGGUGAGGUUUCAUCAGGAAAAUAUCAUACUUAUUGGCUUUGUUGUAACAGUUCAAAAUGUGUUUACAGGAGGUUCAUAGCCAGCCAGGAUGUGUUUGUUGUUCAAAAUGUCUUAAACUGUUUCCUGAGUUCAGACUGUAUCAGAGUCUUAAUCUGAGUUUGAGCUCAGCUUUCUGGGAGUUUUGAUCUUAUGCUUGGCGUUAAAGAAACCCUGACAAUCUCCCUCGGUACUCAAUGCAGUAACUCACAGGAUCUGCUGGUGAUCUCGUUAAGGUCUGGUAGUGACAUUUUUAUUUCCCUCUGCCCAGUAGAUGACACUGCUUCCUCACAUUUGUAGUUCAGGUAUGUUCAACUCUGUAUGUAAAGGGCCUCUAUGUAGCCCAGAGUAAUACCAUUGUGUUUAAUGUAAUGUGAGUUGAGUGAGCAAAGUGUCUGUCUGUAACUGGGCCUGAGACAACAGAACUCCAUGAUCAAAUCCUCUUGAGUUUGUUUUCAAAGCUCAUUUCUACAGGACAUUAAUUGGAUUAGUUCACAUAUAGUUGUGUUUUGAUUAUGUAACCUAAUCAAAACAACAAUAUGUAACCUAUUGUUGUUUUGUUGUUCUCUAUGAAGAUGUGAAAACUUUGAAACAUUCCCAGGUUUUUCAAAUUCACAAGUUGAUUGGUAUUAUAGCACAAGCGGAUGAACUUAUGUUGAUCUAAAAUGGGGAGCUUAUGUUGAACUAAAAUGGGGUGGCCUGUACUUAUAGAGCAUUGUGUAGUGAUGUCUACAGAUUCUCAUUGAUACACAAAGCCUUAUUAAAAUAUGGGUUAGUUUGAAGUCCCCCUACGUAUGUGUUUGGAAAGUGUCCUAUUGGAGGGGCUCUCUGACUUUGUAAUCCUUCUAAAGCUGUUGUGUUUCUAGUCUGGACAAAGUCUCUUUAAAACAUGGCACACAAUGAAUCAGCCACGACCCACCCACCAAUGGGUUCUGCUCCACCAUUAGGUGUUCUACUGCAGCCUGAUGUCUGCAGCUCUGCCCCCUGUUGGCAGUGUAAACAUACUACAUCUGGUUUGGAUUUCUACUCACAUUUACAUUUACAUUUAAGUCAUUUAGCAGACGCUCUUAUCCAGAGCGACUUACUCUUAACUGAAUGAUCAUGACAACACAUAUUGGGUAGUUAACUUCACUUUUGCAACAAGGAAAUUACUACCUGAGGUUAUUUUGUGGUGAGCAAUGCUUGUAAUGUUGCAGGUAGAAAUGUAAUGUAUAGAACAGACAAGAUUCCCUUUUCAGCAUAACACUGAAUCGUGUGCUUUUUACAAACAUUUCUAUCAAUGUAUUCUAUUUCAUUUAACAGGCUCAGCUUUGUGUGCACAACACUCACAGAUCACUCUUGUUGUGAUCAGUAUUAUAUCAUACCCAUUUGACUUUUUUUUUUAUAGCAGAAAUGCCUUCAUGUUUUCAUUGUUUCCAGACCCCAGCGGAUGAGUUGAACAAGUGAGAUGGAGAGGCCUUUGAUAUUUUAAUGUAGAAUAUCUUGCUGCUUUAUUUUGUGUGUAUGACCUGGUUGUGUGUAAUUGUGAUUGUGUGUGCAAAGACAGUCAGACUUGAACUGCUCUUAUUACUCUAUGUCAAAACUUCUGUGCAAUAGUAGGCUGACUAUAUUCUCUCCAUAUAAUGUUUUAUCUUGAAACCUGUUUCUCAUUUGAGUAGGGCAAAGAGUUAGUUUGACCCCAGUGUUUCCAAUGAAAGAUACUUCUAUGACCCCUAUGACCCUUAUGCCGCGUUCAUGUGCUAGUCUGAACUCCAAAAUGUCCGACUUGCUAACUUGUUGAACGUGGCACGUGUAUAAGUUAACAAGUCGGAAACUUCAGAGUUUCCUAGUUUCGAUUUGCACGUAAAUUAGGCAUAAACUAUGGGUGAAAAAAACCAUUUGCCUUAUAGAGUACCGCAGUAUGAGUCAUAAUACCCAUAAAACCUAGCGGUCAAAUAAGACAAUGUUUUUCCACCAAUCAUUUUUCCCAUAGGGGAUUUUAGAAACACAAUAUUAGCCUGUGUUUAGUGUAGGCUUACCCUGGCGUAGCGUCUUGAGAACUGUGUAAAUCUCUUGGGCAAGGUGACAAAUACAUUCGCCUGUACCCCUAUAAAAUGCUGCAGAAGACACCA